UUAGUUGAACAUUGUAUCUGUAGCACUAGUAGUAACAGCAAAAUGUUUGCGAAAAUCUUUCUACUAACCGCGCUUCUUAUCGGAGUCAGCUGUAGACAUAUACAAAUUGUACAUAGACCAAAUGCGUAUGUGCAAGAUAGCACGAAUUUGGUAGAAGAUGAUUUAGAAGACCUGUAUUCGGAACAAGAAUUUGAGUCUGUGCAUCCGAUUUACCUGACUCCACGGGUCCGUCGUCAGGCGCAUGGGGUUUUGAACAGUAAUCCUGAUGGCUCGAUGAAUAUUAUGGGUAAAUUACCGCUUGCCGGUAAUAAUAACAAUGCUCUGAGCGCAAUUGGUGGUAUAUCUGGUGCAAAGCCUGGUGGUUUUAGUAGCGCGUCAGCUGGUCUAGCACUUGAUAAUGUUAAUGGCCACGGCUUAAGUCUAACUGGUAACCAUAUCCCUGACAUGGGAAACCAGCUAACAGCAGCAGGAAAGUUGAACUUGUUCCACAACGACCACCACAACUUGGCAGCUAACGCCUUCGCUACAAGGACUAUGCCCCAGAACCCUGUGAUACCCAACUUCAACACUUAUGGAGGUGGCCUGGACUACUCCUUCAACAAUAAGCUUGGCGCAUCCUUGAGUGCCGCACAUACGGAUCUCUUCAAGCGUACAGACUUGUCAGCGAUGGGAAACGUCAACUUAUUCAGAAACCCCACUUCUUCUUUGGACUUCAAUGCUGGUGUCUCUAAGUCUAUUUCACCAUUCAUCCCCAAACAAUCGUGGCAACCGGCUUUUGGACUCUCUUACUCUAGAUUUUUCUAAGUCAAAACAUAUUUUUUUUUGUCAUUUUAUUACCAAAGAAUAUCAUAGUGUGUGUCACUGUGGUGAACUUUAAACUGCCAUAUUUUUAACUUAUACUUUUUUUUUACACAAACUAUGUCUUGACAAUAACGAAGACUAAAAAUGAAAUAUCGACUUUUUAAUUUAAAAUUUUUAUUACUAUGGAUUUUAAUUAUAUACAUAUGUAUGUGUUGUAAUGCUCGUGCCAGAACAAUAACAUCACAAUUUGUAUUUUCACUCUUUGUAUUUCUCUACUGGUUGUUAUUUGUAAACUAAGUAUUAUUGAAUUUUAAUUAAACAAACCUUGUAAUAUAA